AUCAUCAUCUACCUUUUGCGAAACCAGAAAUAUCCCCCCUUUCUUUCUCCCUUCCUUAAUCCUUCAGCCACCCAAGCUCGCGAAGAAGAGGUAUAGAGUAAAAACAAAGAGGAAAAAGAAAUCCAUUUCACUUACAGAUCGAUCCCAGCUGAGAUUUUGCCAUGAAGAAGCAAACCACGGGUUCUCAUUCCUCGAAACCCGCCAAUUCAGUUCUUCCGUACCAGACCCCGAGAUUGCGAGACCAUUAUCUCCUCGGCAAGAAAUUGGGUCAGGGUCAAUUCGGCACCACGUAUCUAUGUACCCACAAGCUUACCAAUGCCCAAUACGCCUGCAAGUCCAUUCCCAAGCGCAAGCUCGUUUGCCGCGAGGAUUACGAGGACGUGUGGAGGGAGAUUCAGAUCAUGCACCACCUUUCCGAGCACCCCAAUGUCGUGCAGAUCAAGGGCACCUACGAGGAUUCUGUGUUCGUGCACCUGGUCAUGGAGCUCUGCGCCGGUGGUGAGCUUUUUGACAGGAUUGUCGCCAAGGGGCAUUACAGUGAGAGAGAGGCUGUGAAAUUGAUCAAGACCAUUGUUGGCGUUGUUGAGGCUUGUCAUUCUCUUGGGGUCAUGCAUAGAGAUCUCAAGCCUGAGAAUUUCUUGUUUGACACCCCGGAUGAAGACGCCAAGCUCAAGGCCACCGAUUUUGGUCUGUCUGUAUUCUACAAGCCAGGUUAG